GCGGCGGCUACACCGCUACACCGGCCCGCAUCGAGCACUGACUACAACAAACCGAGUGCGGACUGGCGAUUGGACGCCAUCUUUUUGUUGUGGUCGACGACGUUGGUUUCGAUUAGUGUUCAAAGUAUUCAGGUAAAUACGGCAUACUGCGGCCCCUCAUUCAAAUCGAUUUUUGCUGUCGCGCUCCUGCGUCUAUUUACAGUCGGUACUGUUUAUAGUCGAGUCGAGUCAGUUUACACCGAUUAUUUGUCGUCCGUUUGCGUUCUAAUAUUCGAAACACUCCGAUGGCGUACAACCGACGAAGUGGCGGUGGAUAUGGUGGUUAUGGUAGCGGAGGCGGUGGUUAUGGUGGCGGCCGGUACAACAACGGCGGUGGUUACCGAGCCGGAGGUGGCUCAGUUAAUCCUUGGCAAUCUAGCCCUGGUUCCAGUGGUCCGUUACCGCGACAGUCUCAACAAGGUGGGCAUCCUCCACCCGCUCAAUUGGCAAUGGCCAGUAACAUAAUCAGCAAGUUAUUAACAUCAACUAAUUCAAUGUCAGGAAGUGGUUAUGGUGGUGGUCCAAAUCGAAGUGGAAAUUGGGGCAAUGGUGGUCCUAGAAUGUCCCAUAUGGGUAUGCGCCAAAGACAAGAUGGUCAUGGAGGAUUCAAUAAAGAUAACAGGCGCCGGGGUGGUGGUGAUCCACACAAUAGAUUUUCUGGAGGAGGCCGUAAAUCAGGGGGUGGAAUGAAAGAUGGAGAUAAACGUAAAUCUGCAGGAAAAGUUAAUGAUGAAAACAAAAAAGGACAAAAUGAUCGUGAGAGAACUAAGGAACAAUUGGAUGCUGACAAAAAAGUGUCUUAUGUUGGUGUCCCUUCAGCCGUACUUUAUUGUCAUGUAUGUUCCAAGCACAUGUGGGAUUCUGAGUCUUUUGAAAAACAUGUACGCGGAAGACCUCAUGAAUUGAUGAUGAAUUACUUGGAUGAAGCAUACAGAAUGCGUGUUGAUUUUAUGAGACAUCAAAUUAAAGCUGUUGAAAACCAAAGAGAAAUUGAUUUAGAACGCGUUACAAACAACAAACAUAAAUCUAAUAGUGGCAAUGGUAAAAAUGCAGGUGGCAGCUCUGGUUCUAAACCACUUCUACGUAGCUAUUGCCCGAUGUGCGAUGUACGUUUUUAUGGACCACUGACUGGGCAUCGAAAGAGCGAUAGACACAGGAAACUUAAACAAUUUUUACAUCCUGAAUGCAAAUUGUGUGAUGCCUUAUUCCAUACACGACUUGAAAUGGAUGAACACAAGCUUACAGCUGGACAUUUAAAGAAAGUAUCCGAAAUGCGCAAUGUUGAACAUCCUCACUUAAAAGAUGAUGAAUUUGAUCUGAUUGACAUGAUUAAAAUUGAAGAAGAAGACCAGCAAGAUCAGGAUCAGAUGCCUGUUGCCAAAAAAUAUGAAAUGCUCGGUGAUCGUGACGCUACUAAAUUAAAAUUAGAGUUAGAAGGUGGAACUGGAGAAAAACAUCAUCGUGGUGGAAAGAAAAGUUUGGCUAAAUCUGGAACUAAUGUAGAUAAGGCUAAUGCUGCUGCUGAUGCUACUGAUACUGCAGAUACUGCUGAUACUGCAGAUACUGCAGAUACUGCAGAUACUGCCAUUACAACUGAUGACAAAGAACAAGAUGAAGAAAGUAAAGAAAAGAAGGAAGAACAAGAAGAAAUGGAUGCAUCAGAUAUUAUUGCCACGGGAGAAGAAUCGACUGCAGAAGAUGCAGUUGCUGAUCAAUCAUUAAAAGAAGAUAAUGCUGCGAAUGAAUCGGCAACUAACAAAGAAAAUCAACUUGCGGCUUAUGAUCCAAAGGUGGCCAUAGGAAAAGAAUUAUUGAUCUCUUCAAAGGGAUAUGUGUGUAGAUUGUGUAAUUGUUUCUUACUGGAUGAACAACGAGUUUCAAUCCAUUGUCAGACUGCGGCCCAUUACAUCAAUUACACUACAAUGACCAAAAUGAAAGAAGCUACUUCGGGAGGUAAGAAACGAGGCAUUGAUGAAGUGAUUGAGAAGGAUGAUACUCCUAAGGAAGGUGAAGUUUUAUUAAAAGAAAUAAAAGAGGAAAAAGUUGAUGCUGUUGUCGAAAUCGCAAAUGAUGUAACUGUAAAAGUUGAAGUUGAUCCUGAGGAGGGCAGAGCUGUUAAACGCAUAAAAUUGGAAGAUCCCAAAGAAGAAAUCAAUGAAAUGGAUACAAGUGAACCACAAUCAAGUGAAGUGAUUGAAAAUGAAGAGAAACCUGUUAUUGAAGAAAUUAAAAUUGAAGACAUUAAAAUUGAAAAUUUAAAACCAGUGCCAGCCGCAAUACCAAUAUUGCCUGUAAUGGUGAAGAUAGUAACUCCACCAAAACCUACUAGAGGACGUGGUGGUAGAGGUCGUGGAGGAAGAGGUGGUGUAGCUAGGCGUGGAGCCAGGCGUUAAAUUUAUAACUAAAAAAAAAAUUAUUCUCAAAGUAAAAAAAAUAUUCACCCUCAUUUUUUUUUUUAUCCGGAGUAGUCUCAGUGAUUUCUACAUUCUUUUUACUAUUAUUAUACAUCUAUAUUUAUUAG